GGUAAUGCACGGAAGUGGUGACGAACAGACUUCAUCUUUCAGUAGCAGGCCGUACGUUGAACGCAUGCGUCCUGAGGAAAGCUAGGAAAAGGGUCUGGUGGCGGGCCGUGUGAAGACAUGGAGCAGGGCUACGGAGGCUAUGGGGCAUGGAGUGCAGGACCUGCCAACACCCAGGGUACAUAUGGAAGCAGUAUGGCCAGUUGGCAAGGUUACGACAACUACAACUACUACAGUACCCAGCACACCAGUGUUUCUGCAGGAGCGUCCUAUAGCUACGGCCCAGCCUCAUGGGAGGCCACCAAGGCCAGUGAUGGUGGCCUUGCAGCUGGGGGCUCUGCCAUGCACAUGGCCUCUUUUGGCCCAGAGCCAAUCACCGACAGCUCCGACUCACUCAUUGCCAAGAUCAACCAGCGUUUGGAUAUGUUGUCCAAGGAAGGAGGCAGGGGUGGGAACCCCAGCAGUGGGGAGGGCAUGCAGGACCGGGAGAGCUCCUUCCGCUUCCAACCAUAUGAGUCCUACGACUCCAGGCCUUGCUUACCUGAGCAUAAUCCCUACCGUCCAAGCUACAGCUAUGACUAUGACUUCAACUUGGGAACUGACCGGAAUGGUAGCUUUGGUGGGACAUAUAGUGAUUGUCGGGACCCAGCCCGUGAACGUGGCUCCAUUGAUGGCUUCAUGAGGGGCCGAGGCCAGGGCCAGGGUCGCUUCCAAGAUCGGAGCAACUCCAGCACCUUCAUGCGUAGUGACCCCUUCAUGCCACCCUCAGCCUCCUCUGAGCCCCUAUCCACUUCUUGGAAUGAGUUGAACUACAUGGGUGGACGUGGUCUAGGUGGGCCCUCCACCAGCAGGCCACCUACAUCCCUCUACUCCCAGUCCAUGGCCCCUGACUAUGGCAUGAUGGGCAUGCAGGGGGUGGGUGGUUAUGGUAACACCAUGCCUUACGGAUGUGGCCGGUCCCAGACUCGGAUACGGGAUUGGCCCAGGAGGAGAGGGUUUGAGCGCUUUGGACCAGAUAACAUGGGCAGGAAGAGGAAGCAGUUUCCCUUGUAUGAAGAGCCGGAUGCCAAACUGGCCCGAGCUGACAGCGAAGGAGACUUAUCUGAAAAUGAUGAUGGAGUUGGUGACUUCCGGUCAGGAGAUGAAGAAUUCAGGGGGGAGGAUGAAUUCUGUGACUUUGGGAAACAGAGAGGCGAAAAGGAGGAUGAGGAUGAGGAUGUGAAGAAGAGACGGGAGAAGCAAAGGAGGAGAGACAGGAUGCGGGACCGAGCAGCUGACAGGAUUCAGUUUGCCUGCUCUGUAUGCAAGUUUCGUAGUUUUGAAGAUGAAGAAAUCCAAAAGCAUCUGCAAAGCAAAUUUCAUAAAGAGACACUGCGGUUUAUAAGUACCAAACUUCCUGACAAGACAGUGGAGUUCCUCCAGGAGUACAUCAUAAACAGGAAUAAGAAAAUUGAGAAGCGGCGUCAGGAAUUGAUGGAGAAGGAAAGCCCCAAACCCAAACCAGAUCCAUUCAAAGGGAUUGGCCAGGAGCAUUUCUUCAAGAAGAUUGAAGCUGCACACUGUCUGGCCUGUGACAUGCUGAUUCCCGCACAACACCAGCUCCUGCAGAGGCAUCUACACUCUGUAGACCACAACCACAACCGUAGGUUGGCUGCUGAACAGUUCAAGAAAACAAGUCUCCAUGUGGCUAAAAGUGUUUUAAACAACAGACAUAUAGUGAAGAUGCUGGAAAAAUACCUUAAGGGUGAGGACCCUUUUGCCAAUGAAUCUGUUGAUACUGAGAUGGAAGGAGAUGACAAUUUAGGAGGAAAAGAGAAGGAAGAGACACCAGAGGAAGUGGCUGCAGAGGUCUUAGCAGAGGUGAUUACAGCAGCAGUGAGGGCUGUAGAAGGGGAAGGAGAGCCAACUACAGGAGUUCUGACUGAAGUGAAAGGCCCUGUGGACACACUGGAGGCCAGUAGUGACCCCCACGCCAAACAGCCACUGGAAGAACAGACCUUUGCAACAGCAUCUGAGAAUGGGAACACUGAAGACAAGGCCAGAAGUGAGGCUGCUAAGGCUGGAAGUCAGGCAGUUGUGUCAGCAGCAGAGGUAGAAAACACAGCUGUUGCUGCUAUCCCAGGUAUCAUGGAAGCCGAAGUGGGACAAACUGAUGGAGAGUCCAAAGAUGUUCCCACAGAAUAAAACCCCCAGCAUUUCAAGGCAUGUGCAUUCUCUCUUCGGUUUAUAAGCAGUACUAGGUUAUAUGUAAUUUGGCGAAGAGACUUGGCCAUUUCCUUUGCAAACUGUACCUCAGCUUGUUUUACACAGUGGGUAGCUUCCUAUCUCUAUUAAAGAAUACAAAAGAGGUAAAACAUUUUUUCCCUCAGUGGCCUUUGGUGGCUCUCUGUGCACUGUAGUUAGAAUAAUAAAAUUAGAUCUUAAUGGUACUACACUUUUUAAAUACUGCAACUGGCUGAAAUUUUGUUUUGUUUUUGUUUGAUUGGGAGCAGCUCAAUAGGAAUGUAAUUUGUUUUUACUGCAAAGAAUGACCUAUUUUAUUUCUUAAGUUUUAGGCAUUUAUUUUAGUUUUGAAGUUGAGACAGCAUCUUGCUGACCUCAAACUCUCAGUACUCCUACCUCAGCCUCUCAAGUGUUGGGAUCCUGUGUACCACCAUGCUCAGUGAGCUUUGAUUUUGUAACACUGUAUUGUAUGUUCCUCGCCAGAUGUGGCAACAUGCUGUUACUAUUAGACAUCUGUCAGACCAUGCCAGUGACUUUGACCUGUGUCUGAGGUCUGAAGAAGCCUAUAGAGCUGCUCCAUAGAAAGCACACCUACCUGAGCCUCAUGAAUGAGGACGCUGCCUGGGGCAUUGUUUCUCAAUCUUCAGUACUUGGUAAACAGUUUCAUGUUUGGGCUUUUUUGUGUUCUACCUCUCCAUUAAUGCGGGUUUUUUUUUUUUUUGUUUUUUCUCUGAGUUAUUCCCACCUAAAAGUAGUUAGGAAGAAAACAUUGAAAUCACUCCCAUAGAUGAAAACCAAUAUAAAUUUUCAUAGAUAGAAUCUCUGUUAAAAGUUCAUAGAGUUAGCCAGGUGUGGUGGCGCACGCCUUUAAUCCCAGCACUCGGGAGGCAGAGGCAGGUGGAUCUCUGAGUUCAAGGCCAGCCUGGUCUACAUAGUGAGUUCCAGGACAGCUGGGGCUACAGAGAGACCCUGUCUCAAAAAGACAAAAAAAAAAAAAAAAUAAGUUCAUACAGUUAAGUGAACAUGUUUCAUGUUUAGGCAAGCACUUUGGUAGUUUCUGAAUCUGAGAAGGGGAGGGCUAGCAUGUCUUGAAGGUAGCAUGCACCAGGUUUUAUACAGUCAUUAUUGGGUGCUGUUUUUCCCUUUUGAGAUCACACUGCUUAUGUGUGUCCAUCCCUAUAAACCCUUAGAUUAUAUAUCACAUCUUGGUAACUUUGGCCAGUGAGGAAUUACAGAAAAGAGGCAGUAAAAUAUUUGAGCAUUGGCUAUAUAUCCAGGGUGCUAAUUCAUGAUCAAAAUUCCAUCAGCACUGCUCUAAAGGAGUCUUACUGGGAGAUGAACAUUUGAGAAUGUCAAUAUUAGAACUUACGAGCAAUAAAGUGAUGCCUCUGAAACA